CUGGCAACCCUGUUGCUUAGUUUCACAUCAAGGCGAGAGAUCAAAAGUGUGCGUGUGCAUGUAUAAAGAAGAAGAAGAAGCAGAAGAAGCAGAAGUAGGAGGCUGGAUAAGCUUUGUGUGUAUCCUCUGAGCGUCAUUUUGCCAUUAUGUCCACUUCAUCCAGGUCGUGUUUUGUGGUGCUGGCUCUGGUGUGUGUGUAUGUGGCGUAUCUGGUGCUCGGAGGUUUUGUGUUUUCGGCACUGGAGAAGCCGCUGGAGGAGAAAGUUCAGGCCGAGCUGAAUCUUCUCAAACAGCAGCUUAUCAGUAACAUGAGCUGCGUUAACAUCUCCACACUGGAGCAGCUCUUACAGAUACUCCUCAACGCGAACAAAUACGGAGUGUCACUAGAGCAAAACUCCUCCGACAACUCCAACUGGGACCUGGCGUCCGCGUUGUUUUUCUCCAACACUCUGGUCACCACCAUCGGUUAUGGCCACACCACUCCGCUGUCUGAUGUGGGGAAAGCGUUCGCCAUUGUGUAUGCCUUAUUCGGCGUCCCCUUCACCAUGCUGGUGCUGACGGCAUGUGUGCAGCGCCUCAUGGUGCCGCUGAACCUACGGCCGGUGGCGUCAUGGCGUCGGCGGUUCGGCUGGCAUCCUCACACUGCCAGCACCAUCCACUUUGUCCUCCUGCUCCUGGUGGUCAUUGUGUUGUUCUUUUUGGUGCCAGCUACUGUUUUCAGCAUCAUUGAGGACUCGUGGUCAUUUCUGGAGGCUUUUUAUUUCUGCUUCAUCUCCCUUUGCACCAUCGGGUUAGGCGACUUUGUCCCAGGAGAGCAGCCCAAUCAGAAACUCCGACCACUCUACAAGAUCUCUGUUAUGGUCUACCUGUUUUUAGGUUUAAUGGCAAUGUACUUUGUCCUCCGUUCUUUCCAUAAACUGGCUGAUGUUCAGGGAUGGACAGCAUUUUUCCAUUUGCCCAGCUGCGACGACGAAUGUGAAGAAGAGAAAGAAAACUCUGCUGAGGAACCUAACGAGUGUGAGACGGACACAAAGCCACUGGACCCAAGCGCUCGUGUCUCCUACAACUCCAUUAGCAAAUAGACACCUCCAGACUGACACUCUGUUCGCUGAGCAGCGGAGGAUGAGGGAAGUGUAGAUUCUGUGUGUGGGGGUCUUCACUUGUAAUUUUGCAGACCAGUGCAAUGGUAACGCAUGUUACAAUGGUAAUUUUGCAUUAUUGAUAAAGUUAUAGGGGAACAACAAAGGACUGUUUCAUCUGGUAAGGUUUUUCUUUACUAGAUUUUCAUGUUAACUGGACCAAUUUUAGUUUUUUUUUUUCUUCUAGUAACCAAAACCAGCAAUAAAUUGUUGAAGUUUGUUUUUCUGCUAUCUUGGACCACAUUGGACAGGUACAUUUUGGGUACAUACCAAUGUUUUUUGAAACCAGAACAAAUUGAAAUAUCAGGCAGUCAGAGUGGAUUUCUGCUUCCAUGCGUUAUAUUUAUAUCCGAAAUGUGGAGAAUUUUUUACUUUCCCUCCUUUCUUCUCUUUAUAAUUUUUCAGGAGUGUGUGGUUUCUAGAAUUUUUCUGAAUGACCUUAUGAACUAUGAAAAUCUAAAAUGAAAUCAUUUUAGUUUUCCUACUUGUUGGCUGUUUGGACCACUUGUGCCUUACUCUAAGAUUAUAAAUUUGGCUUCUUUUAGUAUUAUUUACAGAAAUUUGUCACUUUCUUUCCAGUUCAGUCUUUGGCUCUUGGGUGCAUUAUGGGUGAACAUAUUAUUUAAAGGUAUUAGAUAAAGGUGACGUUGGACAUUUAACACAGUGCAAUAUCAGUCAGUCUGUAUGGAGCUGUGCUUACACACGUUUGUAUUUUUUAAUUUUUUUUUAAUCACAUCACUUUUCCGGAGACAUCUUCGAUCUGAGGCCUACUGUUUCUGUAGGGCCUCUGUGUAAACUAUGCAACAGUUAAAUAUAAUAAAGAUUAGAAAUAAUUUUAUUUUGUAUCACUACUUGUUUGGACCACUUGUGCCUUAUUCUGGGUGUUCUGAGGUUUUACAUUUGCAGUGACAAUCUGUGAAACUUGAUAUUUAUGUUAUUUAUAUAUGGCUGACCAUUUUUUGCUUCUUAUCAGCUAAUAAAAUUUGUUCAUUUUUUCAGUA